AUGCCUUCUCCAUCUCCAUCAUCCAAAAUAACCCUCUACCGCGGCUUCCCCGACCAAGGCCAAUUCAUCUGGUCGCCCUUUGUCACCAAACUCGAAGCCCGGCUACGCUUUGCUGGCUUAUCGUACGAGAACCGAGCAGGCUCUAUCCGUGAGGCGCCGAGGGGGAAGAUUCCCUAUUUGGCGAUACGGAAGAAACCAUCACCAUCACCCCUGGGGGUUUCGUCAGAUGAUAAUGACAAUGACGAUGAUGUGCACGUCCUGGCCGAUUCGACACUCAUCAUCAAACGCCUGAUCGAGUGGGGUGUUCUGCCGGAUCUGAAUGCGAGGUUGGCGCCGACAGAGCGAGCGCAAGACCUAGGUCUCAGGGCUUUGCUGGAGGAGAAGUUUUAUUUUUAUUCUAGCCGCGAACGCUGGACGCAAAACUACUACACCAUGCGCGACCACGUCCUGGCGUCCGUCCCCUAUCCACUCCGCGUCGUCGUCGGACUGCUCGUCUACCGGAACAUAGCGCACACGCUUCACGGCCAGGGGACCGGGCGGUACACGGAUGAUGAGAUCGCGUCGUUUCAGCGCGAGAUCUGGGAUUGUAUCAGUCAGGUUUUGAGUGCAGCAAAAGCAAAAGCAGCAAAAAAUACAACCAGUGACAAAAAUGAUGAACUAUUCUGGCUCCUUGCAGGAGACGAACCCACAGAGGCAGACGCUACGCUGUUUGGCUUCAUCAUCUCCACGCUCGUUUGCACUGCGUACGUCAGACUGUCCUAUCCCCCUACUUGCCUAAAAAUUGCAAGAUUCUUUGUGUGA